AUGGCGACCCUCUCUCCGCUUGACAAACUUAUGCCCCGGGGUUACGUCCGCCAAAUGUUUUGCUUCCCCUCAACACACGCCGCCGACACUAUUAAUACGCUCAGGAUGGGGCUGAAAGGAGUUGUAAAUGACGUCCCCUACCUUCUUUCCGGGGUCCUCAUCAGCGAAGAUGGAAAACAUAUUUACCUCAGCAGUCCUUAUCAAACGCUAGAGGACCUCUACUACGAACAAGAUCUUUCGGAUACCCUUGAUUACGCCGUCAUCGAGGCGCAAAACUUCCCGCCCUCGGCAUUCACCGCGCCAGGGAUCAUACCUCCUCACACGCAGCCCCCGUUUCCGAAUCCAGCGCCGGUAUUCCGGGCGAGCGUGUCGCUUGUUAAGGGUGGGUUCAUACUAUGCGUCGCUGUUCAUCAUUGCACGACCGACAUCACUGGAUUCGGGGCCUUGCUUAAGAUAUGGGCUUCUCGCUGCCGCACAGGCGCGUCUGUAGUGGCUGGGUUUGAUCAGUCUUGGCUAGAUCGUGGGGCUUUGAUUGAAAGACAUAGCACUCUUGACGUGACAGCGCCUCCCUCUAUGCCUAGACUGCUUCACGUCCGGGGACCUGACGACUAUGCUAGGCUUGCUGGUCCGACAUCAUUCUCAUCUAACGAUCUUAGGACCGGCAUAUAUUUCUUCUCACAAACUAAGUUACAAGCGUUCAAGCAUGUCGUGAACGAGCAUAUCGCUUCUCAGGGCAAUGCGGGCUGGGUUUCUUCAGGUGAUAUUCUCACAGCGCUACUUUGGAGCGCCAUAUUAGUCGCUGAAUCAAACACAACGACUGCCCAGGAGGGUACCAAUACAAUAGGUUUCCCCGUGAAUUUUCGCUCUCGUCUCAGCCCACCUUUACCCUCGGACUACCUCGGUGCCGCCUUUGUGAUGGCAGCAGCCACAGCUUCACGGACGGACCUAAUAUCUCUCGGUACAGGGGCAGCCUCUUCUGGUGACCACGUUCUAUUAGAUUCUACCUCAAUCUCAAAACUAGCCCAGAUUGCUUCCACAAUUCGUGCUUCCCUUCGCAGUGUGGAUGAGCAAAGCGUGCGAGAUACACUAACAUAUUUAUAUGCCGCGUCCAGCAAUCAUCCUCCAAUCACGCUGGGGCCGCGUCAUGACGGCAUAUCAAUUGUCUCGUGGGCAGACCAAGGCGUUUAUGAGUUAGAUUGGGGUGAUACAGUCGGAAGAUGCGGUGCCGUUAGGUUGCCUAAGUUGGCAAAUAAGAGAUACCCUAUCGUUCUACCUAGGAUACCAAGCAGCAGCAACGGUGACGAGGGAGGUUUAGAGGUUAUUGUUAGCUUUGAUAGGCAAGUGUUGUUCAAGUUUGAGCAAAGUUGGCCGAUUAAACAAUUCGCAACUCCUCGGUGUCGUUCGUAAGGUGGGGUGCAGUGUUCAGGUACACGCCGAGUUGACCUCAUGGUCUUGUAGAACCACACGCUUAAAG